AUGGGUAAAAGUGACACCUCUGUUCUCUUGGAACGCAGAAGCCAGGAUGGGCAAGUUUGGGACUCAGUGAAGAAAACAGCUUUUGUGUUAGGCACUGGACUUCUUACGUUUGCUGCCUUCAGAAACACAGUCACAUGGCACCUGCAGCGUUUCUGGGGAGCAUCGGGCGACUUCUGGCAGGCCCAAUGGGGGAAGCUGCACAGCUACUAUGGUGGAAAUGAAUUAGCCUUAUACUGCUUAGGAGCAAUGGUGGUCCCCAGCUUGUCAUUCUGGAUCUAUAAUGCUGUACUAAUGAUGAUCGACCUGACUGGAAAACCAAGCAUCAUUACCCGUUACAGAAUCCAGCCAGGAAAGAAUGAUCCGGUGGACCCUGGAAAGUUAAAGCAUGCAGUGAAAGUUGUGUUCUUCAACCAAGUCUUUCUUUCAUUCCCCAUGGUCCUUUUCAUGUACAUGUUCAUGCAGUUGAGGGGAAAUCCCUGUGGCACAGAACUGCCCACAUUCCAUUGGGUUCUCCUGGAGCUCUCAGUCUUCGUACUUGUGGAAGAAAUCCUUUUCUACUAUUCACACAGGUUGUUCCAUCAUCCAAGCAUAUACAAGCAUGUUCAUAAACAGCACCACGAGUGGACGGCCCCUGUAGGAGUGGUGUCACUCUAUGCUCAUCCUCUGGAACACAUUUUUUCCAACAUGUUGCCUUCCAUGGCUGGACCGAUGCUGAUGGGCUCCCAUGUAGCAACCAUUAUGUUGUGGUUCUGUCUUGCUUUGAUAACCACUACUAUCUCUCACUGUGGCUACCACCUUCCCUUCCUGCCAUCUCCAGAGUUCCACGACUUCCAUCAUCUCAAGUUUAACCAGUGUUAUGGCGUAUUGGGAGUACUUGACCGGCUACAUGGCACAGACCUGGUUUUCAAGCAAACUAAGGCCUAUGACAGACAUAUCUUACUGCUGAAUUUAACCCCUCUGACUCAGAGCAUUCCUGAGCCUACCAAGAAAUCAGAAUAA